AUGAAUCAUACCCGCGGCCUUGCGUCGACUGCGCAGGCGUUGCGCCAUACCUUCUUCACACCUCUCCGCACCUCUAGGACGGGACUCUUGCAGCCCAGACUGCACCAAAAUGGCCUGCAGCUCAGAUCCUUCCAGUUGUCUCGAAAUCUCGCCGGUCCCAAAGUUACCACGCCAGCUUCGACCUUGAUUAAAGACGAAUCGAUCGGAUCUGCUUGGGUGCAAGUGGUCAACGAGGGAGGAAACCUUGACGAACCUCAAAAGCUCUUUGAUGUCCUCACCUCAUUCGAUCGCAACAAGUUCUUCUGCGUUCAAGUGGCCGCCGCCGCCGGACCGAGCAAACCGCCCAUUUGCAAGAUCUUGAAUAAGAAAGAGUAUAGGGAAAGCGAGAAGGCCAAGAUCAAGGCGGCCAAAUCGGCGGUUCAGUCUACAAAACAGGUUGAACUGAAUUGGGCUAUCGAUGCACACGAUCUGCAACAUCGUUUGAAGCAAUUGACCAACUUUCUGGACAAAGGACGGAAGGUGGAAGUCGUCCUCACCCGCAAGAAACACAAGCGAUCGGCGACGGUGGACGAAAUCAAGAACGUCAUGCAGUCAGUCAUGGAUACCAUUCGAGAGGCAGGGGGUACUCAAACCAAGGCGAUGGAAGGAGAACCGGGCAAGCAUGUUAUUCUCACUGUGGCCAAGGAGAAAUAA